GCACCUUUUUUAAAAAUUUUAUUUAUUUAUUUAAAGUAGUUCAUCGACUUGAGCAAUGUUACACAAAUAUCAAUCCAUAACAGUUGUAAAUGUCACUUAAUUCCGCAGGGUGUCGAUAAUGGUGGACACCGGUGAAAGUGAUCACUAUUAUCGACACCUCACGUGACUUCUCAAACGCGCGUUUAGAUAUAGAAAUAGAGAAACAAAGUAGGUUUCGACAAGGAGAUCAUGAAAUAUCAGUGAAUUUGAUCAGUAAAAACAUGUCCAUGAUCUUUCCGCCAGCCUUACCUGUGACAAUAACGUCCGGGUUUUCAUCAAAUUGCUGAUUGUGCUAAAAAAAUUCCAUCUCCGGUAAUGAACUGUGUCAUCAGGCGACAAGAUCAAAGUGCGAGAGGGUCUUCCGGUUGAUUACUUAACACUGUAUAAGAGAAACUAAAAUAAUCACCAUAAAUGUAAUUAUAGUAGUAAAAGAGCUGUUAAAAAUGAUCAGAGACUGAACUGAAAAAGGGAAAAACAAUAACCGUGAAGCAAAGCGCUGUAAAGAAUGGGGGUAAAGUUGAGAAUUUAUGAAAGGCAGAAAAAAAGUCAGGAAAUACUUUUCUUGGGGCAAAUUUGAUUGGAUAUGACGGUUUAAAACACAAACCAAGUACACGCCAUGUGUGGGAUAAUAUGGCGGCCAGAUGGCUUCACUCAUCCAUACAGCAUGGAUUGGCAAAUUAGCUCUCUAGAUAUUUUACGGAGAUCAGUGAUGACACCAUGACGCCCGAAACACAGAUCCCUUCAGUCACUUGCCGGCUGAUAAGACUUUUGCUUUGGCAGGGUUUUUAUUUAUUUAUUUUCAUUUAUUUUUUUACCGACCCCCUGUAUUACUGCCACUGUCUGACAUGCUCGGGGACAGUCGGGGCUCUGACUGUGCCUCCUCGUGGCUGUUUCGGCCCUUAAAUCAUCUUCAGUGCUUGCAGAAGCUCGCCCAAAAACCUUCGUCAGCUUAGACCGCGCCAUUGUUCGGUUCACGCAGAGAUAUUUACACCACCACGCCAGGCCCAUUAAGAUGCACUGCGAUUGGUCAAAAUUUGGCGCCCAUUUGGUCUUUGUGUAGUUGAUUUUUAUUGGUCACAAGGACAUGCUCGUGGUUUACACUCUGGCUUCCCGCCGUUUCUUCACUGGAGUUGGAUUUCAGCAAACGGUGGGAUUUCUAGAAAAAAUGACAUGAUGAUGAUGACAUGCAGAUUUGUCACUGUGACGACUGCGAGUAAUUUUCUCUUGGUUACUAACGGAUGAUGUUCGUCAAUGAUGAGCGUGACGAGCGCCAGCGGGAACCCUGAGAAUCUAGCGUGAAACAAUAACGCAUCCGUCGAAUGCGAGCGAGAGACAAGCGGGUAACUUUACCUCUCUAGCUGCUGAAAGGUGGGAAAGGUCCUCCGUUCACACCAACACUGCUGCUUUCUGACACCGGACACUUGCAACAGAAAUACAGGAAGUUCUCAGUUGUCAUCAGAGAGCAAUGUGGCUGCUGCUCAACUGAGCACCAUGGGAGGAUGUGUGGGAAGAGAGCGUCCAGAAUCCCGAGGCUCAUCUCGGCAAAGAAGAGGACAGAGAAAACGUGGAGGCCGUAAUGAACCUCUGAAGAAGGAUAAGCCCAGGUGGAAGAGCGACUACCCCUUGACAGAAGGCCAGCUGCGUAGCAAGAGGGAUGAAUUCUGGGACACUGCACCAGCUUUUGAUGGCCGCAAGGAAAUCUGGGAUGCCUUAAAAGCAGCUGCUGUGGCCCUGGAAUGCAACGACCAUGAGUUAGCGCAGGCUAUACUGGAUGGAGCCAGCAUCACACUACCACAUGGAUCCCUGACCGAGUGCUACGAUGAGCUUGGCAAUCGCUACCAGCUACCCGUCUACUGCUUGGCACCACCUGUCAAUCUAAUCACUGAGAGGAGCGAAGAGGAACCUGUAUCAGAAAACGCAGACACACAAACGGCCCCCAAAAAGGAGUUCCAGCUCAAGGUGCGCCUCUCUACAGGCAAAGACGUACGUCUCAGUGUCAACAUGGCUGAUCCGGUUGGCUUGCUGAAGAAGCAGCUGCAGGCCCAGGAGGGCAUCGAAGUGGCACAUCAGCGCUGGUUCUUCUUUGGCAAAUUGCUAACAGACAAGACACGCCUUCAGGACACCAAGAUCCAGAAAGACUUUGUCGUCCAGGUCAUCGUGAACCAGGCUAAACAUUAAAGCCAGAGAGGACCAAAGAGUGCAGAGAACAUGGGAAACGUACAGAGCUGUUUGUGCUUUUCUUUUUCAGGAAAACAAAAUGCUGAAAGAAGAAGAAGAAGAAGAAAGGGACAGCUAGCAUGUGAUUGUUUCCUCUGCACUCCACAGCAUAAGCAUCUUUUCUCUGCCUAUUUUGUCUUGUUUUUGUUUUUACUUCCAAAAAUAGUAGCAAAGAAGAAUGAUGGAUGUCAUGUGCUGCUUCUACUACAAAAAUCUCAUUGUUUGGAGUCUGACCAUCACUGUACCUUGCUGGAGCCAUAAGCUGGUCCUGUUUCAUUUGGACAGGGUUUCAAACGGUGAACUUCUCUUCGUGUGACCUCCACUUAAGAGCCUCUUUGAAACUCGCCUGGUGAAACGUGAUCGUAGAGAGAAAGUGAAAAAAUGGGUAUUGAUUUGAAAGAGUAAUGUCUAUGCUGGCUUGAGCAAAGUGCCAAUCUAUGUCAGGCUUUCGGGGGGAAGCACAUAAUCUCUUGAUUGAUUCUGGAAAGGCCUAAUAUUCAGAGGAUUGUGUCGACCCAUACCUCAGUGCUCCUGCUCCAGAUGAUAUCUCAAGGCUUAUAUUUCUUCUUUCAGUAUACCUGGGUUUUUUAGAAUACAGGAACUUGAGCUUAAUUUGCACACUUGCUUCUACGUCUAAGCGUCUGUGUAUCGUGCGCCUUUUAAAGGAGGGAAAAAAAUUCUUGUCUGCUACUUGUUUUUGAGGUGUGCCUGUGUGUUGGCUUUAAGGCCAGCAUCUGCAAUAUAAAUUAUUAUUUUUUUUUUAAAUAGUGGCUGGCCCCACAAAUGUAACUUCGAACUCGUAUCCCAUUCAAAAUUCAGAGCAAAGGCACAAUUUUACUAUGCAAUUUCUGCUUGUAAGAACUACAGAGAGAACUUUCAGUUCACUCACUUGCCCGUGUCUGUAGUCCGUGUGUAUGUCUCUACUUGGCAUAUAGAUGUAUUUUAAUAUAUGCUUUAUGGACAAAGUACAGAUUCGUACAUGUUGUAAAUGCAGUCUAAAACACUCACUAAAGAGAUUUAUGAAAGGGUUUCUCGUGAUGUAAUACAUCCUAUUGGCUGAACAGUAAAGGCUUCACUAACAUACGAAAAUUUAUUACGUUUUCAAAAUGCGGACUGUUGAGUCGAGAAUACAGUACCUGUCAAAAGUUUUUUAGUCGGUUUUGAUUAUUUUCUACAUUGUAGAACAAUACUGAAGACAUCAGAACUACAGAAUUACGCAUUAAACAAAAAUACCAUUUACCUUAUUGACACUUAACUAGUUUCAUGAGGUAGUCACCUGGAAUGCUUUUCAGUUAAAGGGCAUAUUCUGGACCAAUUUCAGGUUUUUUUUUUUUUAAUAUGAAAGUAUGUUCCUUUACACACUCAUCCAGAAGGGUAAUUUUGCACAAGGCCGUCUGUCUACAGCAGAAAAAAAAUAAAAUAACAAAACACGUCUGGAAAAAUCCUAAGGGAGUCUGGAGCCAGAUUCGUGACGUUACGUGCGGAAGCGCCAGCAGGCUGUGCGAGCUUUGCACGGUUUCAGUGCACAGCCUGUGUAGCCCAAGCGCUCCCGUUUCUCUCUCAUUGGGAAACGAUGAGUACUAAUCCCAUCAAGAUUGGUGUUGCUACACCCUCCUACGAUACAUCUGUUAACCAUUUUAAUAAUUACGUGAUAACGUUGAAGAAAUUUGCAGAAAACCACCAGGUCGUUUUCUCAUAAACAAACCAGCGCUGGCGUAGGAUUCAGAGGGAGGCGUCCCGCACGCGACGUCACGAAAAUCAAUGUUUGCCGGGAAAUCCAAACGCCAAGUUUUUUCAGAGGCGGACCAAUUCGCCUCAAACGGCUCGAUUUCAACUGAAUUUUUCUGGUAUUGCACAAGGUAAAAAAAUUGCAGAGAAUGCAGAAUGUUACAGAUAUUUGACCAAAGUUUAAUAUAAAAUAGGAGAAUUACACUGAUCUUGCUCCUGAAUUUACCCGUGAUAUGCCCUUUAACAGGUAUGCCUCAUCAAAAGUUAAUUAGUGCAAUUUCUUAAAAGAAAAAACAUCGAAUUAGGAGGUAUGUCCAAACUUUUGACUGGGAUUGUUCACUUCGUUUUACUGGUACAGCUAGGAGAAUUUAAAAAAAAAAAAAAAAAACAUGUUGGGGGAGCUCUGCUUUAGCCAUGUCUCUACUAGAUGUCAUUAGAUGCUAACUUAAAUGAGCAGAAUAAUAGUUGCAGAGAAAAACCAGCAGUGUAGAGGUGUUGGGUGGGUGGGUCGGGUUUUAGAAGAAACAAAGCACCAGUAUUUGGCCAAAAGCAAAACGCCCCUAGAUGUGGACGCGUCCUGAGGAUGAAUCCGAGGGCAAAAUUUCAACUUUUUCCUGUAACUUAUCAGAUUAGUUACCCCAUUAGGCCAUUGGUUGAGGGUAAGUUUUAGAAACACACAGUACAAUAAGCCAAAAAAAUUAUUAUUAUUAUUUUUAAAUGAGGUUAGUGAAGGGGUGCAUAGGCUUGUUUUUUGGCUGGCCGUGGAGCAUCUUUUUUAGUGUUAAAACCCUUUAAGGCUCCCAGCUCACUGCCUCCAUAUGGAAGGACCUUAUCUAUGAUCAUUUCUACUUGUUUUCAUCUCUCAAACUGUGUUCUUUAAGAGAGGUUUUAAUUUUUUUUAAUUAAUUAUUAGGAUGACACUAGAUAAUGAAUGAAUGAAAUUUUUUUUUUAUUUCGAACAUGUAUAAAAAAUGUAUGUAACUAUUUGUACAUACAAAAGAAAGAAAAUGAAAAAAGUGACAAAAAAAGAAUAAAUAAAAUAACAUAAAGAGCUAAUACAUUACAAUACACCGCACAUUGUUCGAAAAAGGAGUGGGAAGAAGUACAAUAGUUUUUUUUUUUUUUUUUUUUUUUUUAAUUUCCCACCCCUUUUUAACUACCCCGAAAUCCAAACUACAUUAAUAAAAACAAAACCGUUAUUCCGUGAUCUCGAGAAAACAGCUGAGAAAUGGUUCAUAAUGAAUUGGAUAGGUCUGAUGUAUCCGAGUAAAGCUAGGGUUGUCUCUUUGGGUUGUGAGCCCCCCCCCCGCCCAAACUUUAUUCCCCCUUGCCCCAAACACGCAACCUCAGAAUGUGCAAUACAAAUCUACUGUACUACGACAGUACAGUUACUGCCUAAUGAAUAAGGCACUGCCCUAUCCUACUGAAUCACCGCCUCUUCAUAAACCUGUCGUCAUUAGUCCUUGUUGUUGUUGUAGGGUUUUUUUGUUUGUUUUUAAGUUAUAAGAAGUGGAGGAUCUAUCUGUCUGAGGCUGUUGUGUUGACUGUGACCUCUGGCUUGCUGUUAAAACAGGUCUGAUGGGUUCCUCACAAUAAACAGAAUCCAAGACCCUCAUGUUAUGACAACAGACCUAAAAGCUUCGGAGUUGUUUUUUUUUUUUUUUUUGUGUGUGUCUUGGUUUUUUUUUUAAAUAAACUAGUCACCAUUGUAGAUUGUUGAGCAGUAACUACCUUCUUUAAGGUUUCAGUUAUUGAAAUAAAAGGAUGAUUGGGGAUUUUGUACGGAAGCCAAGAGAGGCCCUUCAUAUAAUCCUUUUUUUAAUUCACCUUGUUAUCCCGAGAUAACGACAUAAUUAAUUCAGGAUCUCGAGAAAACAACACAACUAAUUCGAGAUCUCGAGAAAACAAAACCGUUAUUCCGAGAUAACGACGUAAUUAAUUCAGGAUCUCGAGAAAACAACACAACUAAUUCGAGAUCUCGAGAAAACAAAACCGUUAUUUCGAGAUCUUAAGAAAACAAAACAAUUAGUCUGUGAUCUCGAGUAAACAGCUGAGAAAUGGUUCAUUCAGGUGCGCCAACAGACUUGUGAUAUGCUGACUUUGGGGCUAUUUCUCAUUCUGUAUAGACGCAACUUUGGUCAUUAGAAUGUCUGGAAUAAUCGAUCACCUAAUAAGGCGAGAUCACGGAAUAAUUGUCUUGUUUUCUCGAGAUCACGGAAUAACGGUUUUGUUUUCUCGAGAUCUCGAAUUAGUUGUGGUGUUUUCUCGACAUCCUGAAUUAAUUAUGUCGUUAUCUCGGGAUAACAAGGUGAAUAAAAAAAGGAUUAUAUGAAGGGCCUCUCGCGGCUUCCGUAAUUUUGGAUAUUGUUUAAUGUUUUAUAAUCAUAUGUGGUACCACGUUGGUGUUGAUUUGUUAAAAAUGAAGUGUAAAUGCAGUAGAAAGAUGUGAGCUGAUCAGAGAAUGUCUGUCUGUCUAUCUAGAACAGUCCAUGAAGGAUGCAUGUUGGACACGUACACCUGCAUUUUUAUGAUCUUUUUAGCCUCCGUGAAUUCUUGCGCAAGAGGUAGCUCACAAGCAUACUUGGUUUUUAAGAACGUUGUAUUCCAAACAGUCAUGUUCCCUCUUGCAUAGAUUCUGCUCGUGGUUGACGUAUGAUUGUAUGGCCUGUGGGAGGAUCUGCUGUCCUGCUCUUCGACAGUUCUGAAAUCUCUUAGCCGACGAGGUUGAACACGCUCCACGUUGAAAAACUGAAGGAGCUGCUUUAUAAAGCCAUGGAUUACUCCUCUCUGUUUUCUUGACCGCUUCUGCAGAGCAAGUUUGAAGGCCUACUUCCCCUUACAAGCACCCAAAACUACCCAGAAGCCAUCGUUCUCUUCAGGAGCCUGCUGUUGUUUUGGGAAGGAGGGGAGAAACUUAAAUUUUCAAGACUUUUCUAAAUCUCAGAUGAAUAUCUGUAUAUUGAGAAUUUAAAUGUGUAUGUGGUAUAGAAUGUUUACACGUAAGCAUCACUUUGUGAUCAUUUAUAAGCCUUUUCUUCCUCACAGAUUAUUUUAAGUAUCAAUAAAAUCACUCAAAAAAGAA